AGCCCCUCCCUCUAUGGGCAGACCCUUGAGCAGCUAUUGCACUGCACGGAGCUCUUGAGAAUGUUCUGGAAGCAUCACUGCGAACUAGGAGAGAGAAAUGAAAUUCAGCAGAAGCAGCAACUUUUGGAAGGAGAAACACCAUUUUCCUCAUAGAACGCUUUUCUCCUGAAAUGGGUUGACUGUGAGCUCUGCUCCUCUGGUGCUUUAAAUCUGUGGACCGUUGAACGUCACUCCGCCUUUUUUGAAGUUACAAAAAUACUUUCUGUCCGCCGUGUGGCGGGAAUAGAAAGUUUGGAACAUUAAAUGCGUAAGACUUCAGAUAACCCAGAUGACAUACAUGCAAUAGCAUCAUCCCAUGAAGGACUUAAUCAACUCAAUCCCUUGCAUGUAAUUAACCAAGGCACACAAAGGCUCCAAAUUCUGCAUUCCAAAAAAGGAGGGAAAAUGCAAGGGUCCUGCAGCAGUUCCCGGGACCUACGGAGAACUGCUUUGUUACAAGUGUAUCCAAUGUCCCCAGCAGCAGAGACUUGUGGGGCGCCGCGUAUCCCUGCCUCACUCGCUCUGCAGCUCCCAGAGGUGGCGGUUGUGCUAUGAAGGUGGACCCUGCCAAGCUGGCUGACAAGAUGCUGCGAACCCCCAAGUGCUCCAGGUGCCGGAACCAUGGCUUUCUGGUGCCGGUCAAGGGCCACGCGGGCAAGUGCCGCUGGAAGCAGUGCACUUGCGAGAAGUGCUGCCUGAUCACCGAGCGCCAGAAGAUCAUGGCUGCGCAGAAGGUGCUCAGGAAGCAGGCCUCAGAGGAGGAGGAGGAGGCCCUUGUCGCACAGGGGCAGGAUCUGUUGAUUGGGGCUGCGGCCGCGGCCGCAGUCCUGGGCGCAAGCCUCCGCCAGCUGCCUCUGCUGCCCGCUCCGGGAGACUGGGAGCCAGGCUUCCCAGAGAGGCCCCCGCGGGGCCCGAGCCCUGGCCCGAGCGCCUUCCAGCCGGUUCUGGGCGGCCGUGGCGGCGGCCACGUGGGACCGAGCGGCGAUCGAGUCGCGGUGCCGGUUCCCGGUUCGGUGGGGCCGCAACUUGGAGCGGAGGUAGCAGGUAGCGGGGGCCCUAACCGCCUGGAGCUGCGCCGGCCGCUGCGGCCCGUGCCCAGCCCGCCGUUCGCCGACUUCGGGCUCUCUCUGAACUUCGGCUCCGAUUGUGUGUUGAGGCCUGAGCGCCUGGACAGACAGCCUUCCAAGCUGUACUCCAGCCUCUCCAACAUGCAUUCCUACUGCCCCUUCCCGCUUGGCUACCAGGAUGGAUCCCCGCCUCCGGGGGCCCUCCUGCAGCGGGGCUUCCGGCACGUGUCCUGCAGUCCCUACCACAGAGGAGGCUUGGUGUCGGAGAACGUGGGAGACUUCCAGCCAAGCUACUACCCGCCGCCGCCGCCGCCGCCACCGCCGCCACAGCAGCAGCCGCAGUUCCUCCCGCCGGGCUUCCUGUCUGCGCUGCACUUCCUCCCGCCGCCGCCGCCACCACCGCCGCCGCCCGCAUCUUUCUCUCUCGCUGCCCUGUCUGAUACAGACAAGGAAACCGCUGACGACCAGGAUAUGGAGGUGUCUGCACCAGAGGUGCUGCCCGAGGUGCCGCCCGAGGAGGAGGAGGAGGAGGAGGAGAAGGAGGAGGAGGAGGAGAAGGAGGAGGAGGAGGAGGUUGAGCCGCCGCCUGAGCCCAGCCAGCCGCCCUCUCAGGAGCAGUCUGACUAGGCCCGGCCGCUCGGGCCAGCAGCGUGGGGGCUCGGGGGUGUUACAGCAAUGCUGUUCUUGUCUGGGUUCAGGGAUGGGUAGGGAGGAAGGAUAGUAGUAGGCAUAAGUAGCAGUUAAUUUCCAUUUCAAGACAGGAGGAAGGAGGGUGCUUUCUAAGGUUCUCUAAGAACAGGAUGGAGGAUGGUUAGCGGAGAGGGCCAGGGCUCUGAGGGGCGGGGGGGGGGGGGGGGGGUGGGGGGUUGCUGGUGGAAGCUCACGUUUAGGAAUGAAUUUAACCGUGUCCAGGUUGCGCCGCUGUCCGAUUCACUCCCAGACGCGGUCUUUGAUUUCCUCAGGCCGGGUUCCAGGAUGGGAGGCCCAUCUAUUUCGGCCUUCUGCUUCUGCCUCCGCUUGGUCCCCUCUGGGAGCAGACACCAGGCUUCCAGCACAUCCAGGUGGCUGGUGUGAGCAGCGGGGACCAGGGCGCUGGCAGCAGGUUCUGCAGCGCCCUUCCUUGCUGCUCGGGCUCCCGAGCUGCCCCGCCCCUACUCCAGUACUAAGCGUCCUGACCGCUGGUGCUCCCAUCCGUAAAGUUUGAGCCAUUGUAGGCAUCAUUUCUGCUUUAAAAAAUCUGUUACAGUUUGACUAUUUGAUAGUUUUAUAGUGAUUGCCAACUUUAAAAAGGAGGCUGUUUGUAAGCACUGAGGCGAUUCUCAAGAUAGUAGAACGUGCUUCUAAAUCAUCUCUGGCAUCCGUUCCUUCUCUGGGGACAGUUGACUGUUGAAAUAAAAUGAGCAUUGGAAAUCA